CAACCGAGAUGACAGACCAGCUCGACGGCAGAGAGACAAACUAGCUGCCAUCAGGACAGUGUGGGACAAGUGGGUGCGCCGCCUCCCCCUCCUGUACAACCCUGGGCCAAAUGUCACCUUUGAUGAACAGCUGAUGCCAUUUCGACAGUAUAUACAAUCUAAACCUGCAAAGUAUGGUAUAAAGAUUUGGGCUGCCUGUGAUGCCACUUCCUCAUAUGCUUGGAACUUACAAGUCUACACAGGGAAACCUGAUGGAGGAGCCCCCAAGAAAAACCAAGGAAAGAGUUGUUCUCGGCAUGUCUCAGGGAGUCAGUUGACACAACAUCACAUGCGACACUUUUUCUUACCUCGCACAAACUGGGACAGGAGCUCCUGAAGAGGAAGCUGACCAUGGUAGGAACAAUAAGGAAAAACAGGUCAGAGCUCCCACCUCAACUGCUGACUUCAAAGAACAGACCUGUCAAGUGCUCCAAGUAUGUAUACACGGCUGACACAUCCCUGGUAUCCUAUGUGCCAAAGAAAUGCAAGAAUGUGGUACUCAUGAGUACACUGCAUGGAGAUAAAAUAAUCUGUGACCAGGAACAUCACAAACCAGAGAUCAUCAUGGAUUAUAAUGCCACAAAAGGAGGGGUAGACAACAUGGACAAGCUGGUGACGGCCUACAUCUGCAAACGGAGGACUCUACGCUGGCCACUGGUGAUAUUCUUUGACAUGUUGGACAUCUCAGCGUACAAUGCCUUUGUCAUUUGGAUGGCACUGAACCCAGCGUGGAAACGAGUGAAGCACCAGAAAAGACAGCUCUUUCUUGAGGAUCUGGGAAAGGCAUUGGUGAGACCACACAUCGAGAGAAGAAAACAUAUCCCCAGAACACCAGCCUCUGCAGCCAUGGUGAGGAGGAUUCAGGAGGAGAAUGCUGGUGCCCUGUCCACCCAACCUACAGAACCACAAUCUGCAGAGCCUGAAGUUGUGAACACCAGCAACAAGAAGAAGCGGUGCGAAGUGUGCGGACCCAAGAUGGACAGGAAAACACAAUAUGCAUGCAUCAAGUGCAAAAAGUAUAUCUGCAACACACACACAGUAAAGCUCUGCCCCUCAUGUGUUGUAUAGGCUAGUGGCUAAAGGCCAUGUGUUCAAUGGGGCUGAUGUGUUGUCUUGACUGAUAUGUUUACUCUGUGUUCAUGUGUUCAGCUUGUGUUGUGCACCUGAUUGGGUUAAAUUUCAAGUUCAAAGAAAUAAAAGUCAGUCGUUUUGAAAAACCUUGCUUCACUUGUAAAUUU